UGAAAGAAGUUUGCUGGAGAAGAUGGAGACUGAGACGCAGAGUGAAGGGGAGGUGCCAGCCACCAACUCCGGUCGUAGUGAUGCCAUCUGCAGUUUUGUUAUCUGCAAUGAUUCUUCCCUUCGAGGCCAACCCAUUAUCUUCAAUCCUGACUUUUUUGUGGAGAAACUCCGACAUGAGAAACCUGAGGUGUUCACUGAGUUGGUGGUCAGCAACAUCACAAGGCUUAUUGAUUUACCUGGCACUGAGUUGGCUCAGCUGAUGGGGGAAGUGGAUCUUAAGUUGCCUGGCGGGACUGGCCCAACAUCAGGAUUCUUCCGUUCUCUAAUGUCUCUCAAGCGAAAGGAAAAAGAAGUGGUAUUUGGAUCCCCACUGACAGAGGAAGGCAUUGCUCAGAUAUACCAACUGAUCGAGUAUCUGCACAAAAACUUGCGAGUAGAAGGUUUGUUUAGAGUACCUGGGAAUAGUGUCCGACAGCAGAUUUUAAGGGAUGCUCUCAAUAAUGGAACUGACAUUGACUUGGAAUCAGGGGAAUUUCACUCAAAUGAUGUUGCCACUUUGCUGAAGAUGUUUCUAGGAGAGUUGCCAGAGCCCCUGCUGACACAUAAACAUUUCAAUGCACACCUCAAAAUUGCUGAUCUGAUGCGGUUUGAUGAUAAAGGAAACAAGACCAAUAUACCAGAUAAGGAGCGGCAAAUCGAGGCUCUCCAAUUGCUCUUCCUCAUUCUACCUCCUCCCAAUCGUAACUUGCUGAAGUUAUUGCUUGAUCUCCUGUACCAGACAGCAAAGAAACAAGACAAGAAUAAGAUGUCGGCUUAUAACCUUGCCCUUAUGUUUGCACCUCAUGUCCUAUGGCCAAAAAAUGUCACUGCAAAUGACCUUCAGGAGAAUAUUACAAAAUUAAACAAUGGGAUGGCCUUUAUGAUUAAACACUCCCAGAAACUUUUUAAGGCUCCUGCAUAUAUUCGGGAAUGUGCCAGAUUGCACUAUUUGGGAUCCAGAACACAAGUAUCAAAGGAUGACCUUGAUCUGACAGCUUCUUGUCACACCAAGUCCUUCCAGCUGGCAAAAUCUCAGACACAGAGCCGUGUAGAUUCCUGCUGUCAUCAGGAGGAGACCCAGCAGCGUACGGAAGAGGCAUUGAGAGAGUUGUUCCAGCACGUUCACAAUAUGCCAGAGUCAGCAAAGAAGAAACAACUUAUCAGACAGUUUAAUAAGCAGUCUUUGACCCAAACACCAGGACGAGAACCUUCUACUCCCCGAGUACAGAAGAGGGCCCGUUCUCGCUCUUUCAGUGGACUUAUUAAGCGGAAGGUCCUGGGAAAUCAGGUGAUGUCAGAAAAGAAAAACAAAUACCCUACCCCAGAAUCUGUGGCCAUCGGUGAAUUGAAGAGAACCAGCAAAGAAAAUAUGAACUUAUUAUUUUCUGGCUCUCCAGCUGUCAUGAUGACACCAACAAAACUGAAGUGGUCUGAGGGGAAGAAAGAGGGGAAAAAAGGAUUCCUCUGAAGGAUCCAGAGUUCUCCUGUCGUCCACCCAGAAGUUUAUUUUUAGUGGGCGUUAUUACUACUCACAGCAAAGCUUGAACUUGCAGUUUGCUUACUGCAUUUUGAAUUAUGAAAGCCAACUAAUCCCGUGUCCUGACUGAUACCUCUAAUCCCACUCACUGGAUGAUAUGUUUGCAAGCUGUGCCUUCUGAGAGAGUGCUAGGCACACACUCUCUUCCUCUUAUUUAAUACUACGGGGAAACCACUAACCAACCGAUCAGCUUAUACAGCACAGUAAAUGGGCAGAACCAGGCGGGCUCCAAUGCUCAUUCUGUGUGUGUAGGCAGGUUCCAUUUUUUUAAAAAACAUGAAAUCUGUGCUUAACUGCCAGUGUUUUUUUUUUUUUUUUUUUAAAGUACUAUCAAUCCUGGUGGAUUGAUGUUAGUUUGUUAGUUUUCAUGGAUAACUUUGGUUUUUUUCUGUUUUGAUAGUGUUGGGGGGGGAUUCAGUUAUUGUUUUUAUUUGUUAUUUCUUUGUUUUAAAAGCCAUUUUAUUGGAUGCAUUCUCAGAUGCCUUUCACUCCUUUUCACCUUGAGCUUUAGGAAAGCUCUUAAUCUCAUGAAGCUAUAUUCCUUAGUACCUUAUUUAUGUCCAAAGAAUUUAUAACUUUUCUAGAAAUUUUUUAUUAUUUCUUGGGUCUGAGAUUGAAGGGUAUUUGACCUGAGGUACUGAAAAAGAAUUAAGAACGAUACAAUAUUUUAACAAAUUUCAGUUAUUAAAUUGCUUUUCUUCCCUCCUUCCAUUCCUCCCUCCCUCUCUUAUCCAUCUUUGCCUUUCUUCCUCUUUCCUCAGUGAUGCAAAAAUAGUUGUGUGAUUGCUG